UGUGAUCUUAUUCCACCAAAAAAUAUUUUUUUUCCACCUGAAAAAAUCUUUCUGAACUGGCAGAACAUGUGUGACAUCGGAGCAGGUCUUAGAAACUUGGGCAACACAUGUUAUAUGAAUUCAGUCCUGCAGUGCCUAACAUAUACAGCUCCACUGGCAAACUAUUUCCUUACCUGUGAGCAUUCCAAGAGAUGUGUAAAAAAGGGAUUCUGUAUGAUGUGUCUAAUGCAGAAACAUAUAGCUCAGGUCAAGAGUGUUUCUGGAAGAGGAGCAAUCAAGCCAGUUGAAGUGUACAAUGCACUUAACAGAAUUGCUGGGCACUUUAAACAGGGACGUCAAGAAGACGCCCAUGAAUUCCUCCGCUAUGCGGUUGAUGCCCUGCAACAGGCUUGCCUUACAGGCUAUGACAGCCUGGACAGAACCACAACUUUUAUUCACCAGGUAUUUGGGGGAUACCUGCGUUCUGAAGUGAGAUGCCUGAACUGUUCUGGUGUAUCCGACACCUUUGAUCAGUUUCUGGACUUACAGUUGGACAUUAAGAAGGCAAACAGUGUUAUUGAGGCCCUAAAGGAAUACGUGAGGCCAGAAAACCUUGGAGAAAGUUGCUACAAAUGCAGCAAGUGCAAUAAAAUGGUGACAGCGACUAAGACUUUCUCUAUUCACCAGCCACCCAAUGUCCUGACUUUGUGCCUGAACAGGUUUGAUGUGUUCAGUGAAAACAAGAUUUCUAAGAUGGUUACCUAUCCAGAGUUUAUUGACAUUCAUCCUUAUACCUCAGAGAAGAGUGAAGGGACAAUUAAUUACAGGCUAUAUGCCGUCCUUGUCCAUGCUGGGAAUACAUGCAAUAGCGGACAUUAUUACUGCUAUGUGCAGGCUCCUAACAGCAAGUGGUAUAAAAUGAAUGAUGACUGUGUGACCCCCGUAGACAUAAACACAGUGCUGAAACUGGAGGCCUACCUGUUGUUCUAUAUCAGAUCCAACAGAAUACCAACUAAUUUGAUCCCAGCUACACCCAAGCACCAACAGCCACCUAUGAGACAACCAGCAGGCUCUGGGACAGCCCCUAUGUAAA